GAUUCAGGAUGACAGCUGGCCUAGAGAAGGCCUGUCACCAAUGUCUGUCCCAGAUUGCCAGUAAUGCUUGUUUUGUGUUUGGACUGUUUGCCUUCCUGGCUGUGCCUCUCACUAUGGCCUAUGUGGGAAUAAAGACAUUAGAUGACUGCCCAGUUCAGCCCAUGAUCCCACUGUACCUGCUUGUGGGAGGGGUUGUUGGCAGUGUAAAGGUGACUCUCCUCCUGUAUGACACCACGAGGAUGAGGUCCCUCCUCUCCAAGUCAGUCGUCAUCGGCGACGACGACGAAGACGAGUACCCGUGGCGGCAGAACGCCCACAAGUACCACGUCCACAUCGUGCUCAGCGCCUUCCUCUUCGUCUGGUUCAUCCUGGGCAACUACUGGGUGUUCUCCGUCUACACGCCCAACUUCAUCGUGCCCUUCCACCGGCCGCAGGACUACUGUCGCAAGUCCCUGUACGUGUUUGCCGUGUUCGUCCUGGUGCUCAGCCACUCGGUGCUGGUGCUGCUGCUUUGCUGCUCCGUCUGCCUGCACGUCUGCUCCCGCACCAGCAGCAGGAACGACUACGACGACGACUGA